AGAAGAGACUCUUUGGUAUCAAGAUGGAUUUCCUUAUUUGUUCCUGAAAACGUAUUAAGAUUCACAGGAAAAUUCACUCUUAAUGAAUUACCCCCUCAUGAUCCAUUAGAGGUGAUAGUAAACGCGGAUACUAUGUUUAAAAGCAUUAAAAUAUUUGUCAAUGAAUUUACUAAAGAUACAAGUUCAGGAAAAAAAUUUCAAAUUAAGUGUAGGUAUUUGAAAUCUGAUGAAAGAAUCAAUAAAAAACUUAUUAAAGCAAGAAGAAGCUCAAAUCUAUUAAUCACAGGUAAAUUGAUUCAAGUCGAUUCUGAAUUCCAAGUUGAUAUUCAAGGCAUCAACUUCUUGCCAAUGUCUAUUGCAAACCUUGAAUCAUCAACUAAGACCUCACUAUCUUCUAAAUAUUUAUGGUCAACAAUAACACAAAUCUCAGGAAAAGUAUCAGCUCAGGCCAUGGCUAAUAUAUUUCUUAAUCAAACAAGCCAAAAAUCAUCAAAAACUCCAUCAAAGGACCAAACUGAUAAAGAAUCGGUCAUCACCAAUGAUCAGUAA